CCCACAACCAUCAUCAUCGUACCCAGCGACAUCAAGCAAUCCAGUUUUCUAAUCUCAAAACUAGCUUGAACUUUUAUCUCAAAUGGCUCGCACUAAGCAAACUGCACGUAAAUCGACCGGAGGCAAGGCCCCCCGUAAGCAACUCGCGACCAAAGCUGCCCGUAAGACUGCCGCUGCCGCUGCCACCGGUGGUGUAAAGAAACCCCAUCGUUUCCGCCCUGGAACCGUCGCUCUCCGUGAAAUUAGGAGAUACCAGAAGUCGACUGAACUCCUUAUCAGGAAGUUGCCUUUCCAGAGGUUGGUCCGUGAAAUCGCACAGGACUUCAAGACUGAUCUGCGCUUCCAAUCAUCUGCCGUCAUGGCUCUCCAAGAGGCUGCUGAAGCCUACCUUGUCUCUUUGUUCGAAGACACUAACUUGGCUGCCAUCCAUGCCAAACGUGUUACUAUUCAACCCAAAGAUCUAGCUCUUGCCAGGCGCCUGCGGGGCGAGAGGUCUUAAAUUAUCUUUUCCUUUACAUCGUGUCGUUUCCCUUUUCGGCGUCUUCUAAUAUCUCGAUAUGGCGUAUGUUGAGUAUGUAUAUGAUAAAUGGUUUGUUCGUGUGUACUCUUCUGUAUUGUCUUCAUGCACCCUACCCGCAUCUCCUUAUAUUCUUGUAAAACGUACAUAAAAUUUUGUUUGUAUUAGCUAGUGUUUCAACAUAGGCUUUCGCAAACAACUUUAAUUUGUGAGAUAU